AUGUCCGGUUCACAGCGGGGAGGCGGAAGAGGUAGAGGAGGAUUUCCAUCAUCUGGGCCCAUUGGACAACGGGGUCGAGGCCGGGGCGGUGGUAAUUUCUACCGAGACCAGGGCCACAGCAGCGAAGCGACGGCAACCACCCAAGCCGUAUAUGGAGACGGGAAUUUUCCGCUUCCUAGUGAGCAUGUUGACAGCGUCGAAAAGCAAUACCUUGAGUACUACGGCGCGAAAGGACAAGAUCUUGACAAGGACCUCAGGGGCACGAUGCUUUCUCACCGCCCAAACUUUGGAAGCAAUGGUACGGAGGUUGUUCUUUGGGCCAAUUACUUCCAUUUGAAAUUCGAACAGUCUGAAACACUCUACCAGUAUGACAUUGUCAUCUACGAUCCAAAGAAAAUUCCAGAGGACAACAAAAACAGUGGCAGAGCGACCGAUCCCAAGGAAACUUCUGGAGACAAGAAGAACGAUGAAAAAGCGACCAAGCACAAGAACAUUUCCGAGGACAGCAAAGACGAUGGCAGAGUUACUGGUCGCAAAGCAAUGGAUAUCUUCAAGCAAAUCUUUGACCAAGUACGGAGGGACAACGUAUCAGGAGAACUUGCUACAGACUUCAAGCAGAAGAUUGUGACCUUGGGUUAUCUGAACUCACUACCGGAACACCUCAAUUACCGCUCUCGUCAAUACAAGAUCACGGUCUCUGAGCCGCAAGUCCUCAGAGUCGAGGAAUUUAUGUCCCUUCUCGACAACCAGACUCCAUCCGCAAGCCUUGCGACCACGAUCAAGCUCGAUGCCUUUCCCUUUCACCAAGAUACCAUCAGUGCCAUCAAUACCAUCAUGGGUCAUGCUCCGCGUGAGUCUCAGGAUAUUGUUGCUGUUGGAAGCUCCAGAUUCUUCAGCAGAGAGGAGCCGUCUCUGAGAAAAGGAAUCGUUGAUGCGGGGGCUCUGCAGGUCAUCAAAGGGUUCAUUCAAAGUGUCCGACCUGCCACAGGUCGACUCCUUCUCAAUGUCAAUGUAACACAUGGCAUCUUUAGGCGUGAUUACAAAAUACCUGAGCUGUUUACUAAACUUCGCGGCAGUGGCCCUAAAAAACUGCAGAGUCUCCAGAAGAUUGUUUCUAAGGCGAGGGUAAACUAUCAAAUUCUAUCUACAAAGAAGGCGAAGCCAUGUUGGAAGGAGGUGACGGCAGCCGGCCUUGCUCGCAGCACGGACACAUCCAACAAACAGAAGCAGAAAAUCAAGUUUCCACCUGGCGAAGAGUUUGGGUACGCGGACAAAGUCGAGUUUCUUUUGGGAGAGCCUCCCAAGCAGUCAGAUGGCACCGCCGUCAGACCUGCCCCAGGGCUUGAAUGGGGCAAGCGCUACACAGUGUCCAAUUAUUAUUGGAUAAAGUACAAGUACCGACCACAAACGCAUCUUCCUCUUGUCAAUGUUGGAACGCCCACGGAUCCAGUCUACGUUCCCGCCGAGUUGUGUCAGCUCGUUGGUUUUGAUCGUAUCAAGUACAAGCUGGACGAGCAAACAACUAGCGAAAUGAUUAAGUUCUCCGUCAAAGCUCCUCCUGAGAACGCGGAUUUGAUCCUCGGCACAGGCUUGACCGCUGUUCUCAAGCAUACUCCUUCGAACAGCUUGCUCAGAAGUUUCGGUCUGACCGUCGAGCCUGAACUCAUCACCGUCAGAGGUCGACAAUUGGAACCGCCUCAAGUCACUUACCGGUCAGCCAAAGGAGAAAGCGAACCCAAAAUCAUGCAAGUCGCGGUCGACAGAGCUGGCUGGACCAUGAGAGACAGAUACGACCAGGGAAUAGGUGUCAUCAUCCCGUACCAGCAAGCAGACAGCAUGGAAGUUUUGAAAGAGAGAAUAGAGACAAAACUCAGAACAUUGAGCAGGCUGGACUUCGCCCUCGUCAUACUUCCCGAUAACGGGGCAGACAUCUACACGGCCGUCAAAGUUGUUGGAGACAUCGAGCUCGGCUUCCACACUGUCUGUGUCACGAAGAAAAAUUUCCUAGCGGAUCAGUUCGCAGGGCCGAAUGGAGACGCCAACCUCGCCGCCAAAAUCAACUUGAAGCUUGGUGGGGUCAAUCAUGCUAUCCAACCCGUGUUCGGACACUGCGUCGCACGCAAGACCAUGUUCGUUGGCUACGAUGUGGUUCAUCCAACCGGCCAAGCUGGAAACGAGGAAGAAACGAAUAGUCAAGUUGGUCUGGUGUCUAGCAUCGAUGACCACUCUGGACAGUGGAGAGCCUGCUAUUGGACUCAGCCGGGAAGGCAGGAGAUCCUCGGUGAAGAACUGACCGCAAAGUUUGAAAGUCGGUUGAAACUGUACAAGAACAACAAAAAAUUACCGGAGACGAUCCUGAUUUACCGAGAUGGUGUCUCAGAAGGACAGUAUCUGCAGGUCCUAGAAAGAGAACUGCCUCUAAUACGCAAUGCUUGUCAGAGUGUAUACGGAGAUGAAGUUGCUAAGCCCAAGAUCACCAUCGUGGUGUCGGUCAAGAGGCACGCAGCUCGAUUUUUCCCUACGAGGGCAGAGGAAAUGGACAGCUCGACGUACCUGGACCCUUCCCACAAGAAUUUCACGUCAAAGAACAUCAAGAGCGGAACCGUGGUUGACCGCGGCGUGACGCAGGCACGCUACUGGGACUUCUAUCUCACCGCCCACUGUGCACUGAAAGGGACUGCCCGCCCGGCCCAUUACGUCGUCCUCCACGAUGAAAUCUUUGCCAACUGGCAUCUGAAGGACCUCCCGGAAAAGGCGUCACCGAAGGAUGUCCUCGAAGCUGGGAAGAAGGCUGUUGAUGACUUGGAGGCAAUCACCCACCAUCUCUGCUACGUAUUUGGCCGGGCGACCAAGGCAAUCAGCAUCUGCACGCCUGCGCGGUACGCUGACAUUGUCUGCACGAGGGCUCGCCUCCACGCGUCGGGCCUCGCAAGACUUGCUUCCAGACCGGGGCUCUCAGAGAACGAGAAAAAUGAAAUUUUGGCAAAGAAAGUUCAUGGGAAUCUUGAAAAUACCAUGUACUGGAUUUGA